AUAUUUAAAAAGUCAGACUCUUUAAAAAUAUCAUGGAGCAACUUAAGUUCAUAUAGCAAACAAUUUGAUGCAUCGGACUGUUUUUUUUUUUCUUUAAUAAAAUAUUCUUUUUCACACACACUCCUUCCUCUUUUAUUUUUCUUUGCAGAUCAAGAACCAGAGAGCAACAUAUAAAUAAAAAGUAUAUUACCACUAACUAAAGUCUCCUAAUUGCUUAACAUCUAUCUCUAUCUUUCAUUAUCUUUCUCCUUAUUCUAUUCACUCUUCACCUUAUUUAUCUCUCUUUGUUUUUUUUUUUUCUUCUCUCAUAACCUCAAUUGAUCUACCAACUAAACCAACUGAUCUACUACUUGUGAACUGUUUGUUUUUGAAUUUUUAAGGUAACCAGCAGGAAUAUCUGAGGUUUCUUGUUUGUGGGGUUCAUUUUUUCUUGUUGUAGAUUUGUUUUUAGUUUGUGGGUCAGUGAGUUUUCUUGGUAUUUGUCAUAAAGUUUUGAGCUUUUUUGCUUUGUAAUGGUUUUGCACCAAAUGUUUGGUGAAUUCUUGAAGCUAUAGGGAGAGUGUUUGGGGGUCUGUGAAAUGGGAUCUGCUAAUGGAUUCUACUCUGGAGAAGAGUUCAAUUUGGAAGCUAAAUGGUUAAUUGAUCCAAAGCUUCUCUUUGUUGGUCCAAAGAUUGGAGAAGGUGCUCAUGCUAAGGUGUAUGAGGGAAAGUACAGAAACCAGAAUGUAGCUAUAAAGAUUGUGCAUAAAGGGGAGACGCCUGAGGAGAUCGCCAAGAGGGAAGCUCGUUUUGGAAGGGAGGUUGCAAUGUUAUCCAGAGUUCAGCACAAGAACUUAGUGAAGUUCAUAGGAGCUUGCAAGGAGCCUGUCAUGGUCAUUGUAACUGAACUCCUUCUCGGUGGGACACUGAGGAAAUACUUGCUAAGCGUGAGGCCAAGGUGCUUGGAUACUGGUGUUGCUAUUAGAUUUGCCCUUGAUAUUGCUCGUGCAAUGGAGUGCUUGCACUCUCAUGGUAUCAUUCAUCGUGACCUAAAACCUGAGAACUUGCUUUUGACGGCGGACCACAAAACUGUCAAACUUGCGGAUUUUGGUUUGGCAAGAGAAGAAUCAUUGACAGAGAUGAUGACUGCUGAAACUGGAACUUAUCGCUGGAUGGCUCCAGAGCUCUACAGCACGGUCACUCUAAGACAUGGCGAGAAGAAGCAUUAUAAUCACAAAGUAGAUGCCUAUAGUUUUGCAAUUGUCCUGUGGGAACUCAUACAUAACAAAUUACCAUUUGAGGGCAUGUCUAAUUUGCAGGCUGCUUAUGCAGCUGCUUUUAAGAAUGUGAGACCAAGUGCAGAUGAUCUUCCAGAGGAUUUGGCUGUAAUUGUAACUUCGUGUUGGAAAGAGGAUCCAAACACUCGUCCCAACUUCACUCAGAUAAUACAGAUGCUUCUGCAGUUUCUCUCAUCAGUUUCUCCACCGGAACCAGUAAUACCAGCUCGGAUUUUCACUUCAGAGAAUCACAUCUUACCACCAGAGUCUCCAGGUACCAGUUCCUUAAUGGCCAAGCGCGGCGACUCGGUUGAGACCCCUAAAACACCAAUGGAGAAUGAGCCAAGAGGAUUCUUCUUCUGUUUUAACCAAUGCUACUAAUCCCCAAGGGAAAAGUUUGUUAAUUACCUAGAAAAUACUCCCAAGUUCAGCUAUCUUUUAGUAAGCUCACAACAAAAUGUUUUAGUCACUAGAUAACACUUAGCUUUUGGUCUUUCUUCCUCUGCCCAACACAAGGAAAAAGAUAGCAACUCUUUUUGAGUUUUAUCUGCUACAACAGUAAACCAGCCAUGCAAUUGAAAGGUGAAGUUGCUGCAGGAAGAGACAUGAUCUAAACUCGUUUAACGCGCGCGCAGGGACGUGUUCUGACUUAAUUGUGAGGAGGAGUUACUGGAUGCUGGAGUUGGGUUGCUGUGAUGUAUAUUAUAGUUGUAAAAAUAAGGUCCAUCCAAAGACCUGUACUCCAAAUCUUUUCUUAAAACCUCAAUUGACUCUCUUGA